AGCAAAGAAACGCGAUAGAUUCAUCUAGUAAUCGACCUAUCGACCGGUUGGUGUGAACUGUGUGCUAAUUUGAAAAAAACGAUUCGAAAUUUGGCAAUUAAACGAAAUUAACACAUCACAAAUAAAGUGCAUCGGAAAACACUCGGUUCAGUUUUAAACUAUCAAUAAAUAAAUGUUUAUUUCUGGCCAUAAAUGAAACUGUGCAACGUUAACAGCUAAUUUGUAUUUCAUUGGUUUUGAUUACAAUUUUAAUAGCUAUUGAACAGUUGGAUUAUAGCAGGAAUUAUGUCCGUGAGACAUUUCAACACGCUGCCCUGGGCGUUGCUGGUGGCACUGCUGCUGGCCGCCUUUAUGCUCCAGCUGGCAAGUGCCAAUGAUGAUGCAGUGGCAACUUCGGAGAGUGUCAGCACUGAGAGCAAUGAGAUUAUACCACGGGAGGCGAUUCAGAAGCUGGACUUAUCAGUGAGACAGGCUCUUCUGCGAGCCAUCGAUAAGCUGGAGCGGGAGGAGGCCACUUCCUCAAGCGUUUCCCAAGACGAAGACGAGUCGAUUACUGCGGCGCCUUUAAGACGCAAUGAGAUCACCACGCUGCCCUCACCCCGCGAGCGGGAAGAGAUCCUGGAGGUGAGCACCAGUCCUGAGGCUGAGGCUGUGGUGCCCACGGUGCAGUUUUAUACUGCAACCUUUGAUGAACGCAAUGCGCAGGAGCAAUUGCUCUCCUCCUUCAUCGAUCGCUCCAAGUUGUGGAAGAAGACAACGCUACGCAAGCAGAAUGCAGCGGACUCUUCACUCCUCUCCAUCGAGUCGCAGUCGCAGUCGGAUGCGGAUGCGGGUCCGGAUUCCCGACAGCUCACACGCAGCGUGGACAGCUCGUUGGGCAGCAAUGAAAUCUCCCACGACGGCAGCAAUGAGAUCAAGUUUGAGAUACGCAAUGUGAAAAGGAUCACGACAACAGCAACACCAACGACAAAAAGCACAACAACAACAACGACAACGACAACAACAACACCCCGACCACGCACCACACGACGUCGCACCACGACGACAACAACAACCACAACAACAACAACGCCACGUCCCACACACAACGAGGAUGGCGAGAACAUUGAACUCGUGGACAAACAGGACAUUCGCAUACAGGAGGCACCACUGGUAACGGCCUUUACCGUCGACUUGGACGAACGAGGCACGGCCCAAAAGUUUCGUCCACUGUUGCAGGGGGAGCACAGUUUCCAGCAGCAACAGGUGGCACUACCGCUGCCACAUGUUGGACCCACCAUAACGAAGCUGAGCGUGUUGGAAUCAGAGCUGGCUGCACCACCGCUUACCACACAGAGUCCAACCAGCACCACUAGCACCACCCAGACAAGCAUCAGCCAUGCCGCCUACUCCACAACUCCCGCCUUUAUCAGCACCAGCAGCACCACCAAUAACUACAUCAAGGAGCCACUGAGCAGUCCUAAUCUGGCGCCACCUAGCGUCAACAGCUACAUUAUCGAACGUCAGCGCGCUCUGGAGCAACAAAUCUAUCAGUUGAAGUUGCAGGCACAGCAGCAACAGGCGUUGAUCUUGCGGCAACUGCAGCUGCUCGAAGAGCAGAGCCAGAGUCGUUACCAACAAGCAUCGCCAAUUGCGCAAUCGAGCACAUUGCAGCCACUGCAGCAUCAACAACAGCAGCAACAACAGCAGCAACAGCUGCCACAUGCAUCACUGGAGGCAAUACAGACGUUGCAGCCUCCAUCGCCGGGUUACUCGAUUAGACCUUCAGUCGAAUUUAUACCUAGUACACACACCAAGACCAUUAUCUAUCCCACAUAUCCAAUUGAGCAGCAAUUGCCGCUGCGCGAUGCCGUUGCGGCUCAUAAAUUUGCCCUGCACAGCGGCAACAGCGUCACUAAUAGCAACAACCAAAACAACCACAACAACAACUAUCAGAAAUUGCCAACACCAACGAAUGCAGUGCAACAAAUUUUCCAAAAUUUGCAACAAAAUCUGCAAAAAGCAACGGAACAUGCUGUCAGCAAUACUCAAAAUACCAACAGCAUUGCUGCCAGCACUGGCAGCAGCAACAACAAUCAUUUACACAUACAAGCAUCAAAUCAGUUCAACUUUGCGCCCGCGGAGGCGUCGCUGUUGCAAGCCCUGCCCCAGAAUAAUUACCAACAGUUUCAGCAGCAACAACAACAAUUGCUGUUACCUAGCUACGUUAGCAAUGCGCUGUAUCAACAACAGCAACAGCAACAACAACAGCAGCAGCAGCAACAACAUCAUCGUUCGCGUCUGUUUCGCCAGGAAUCGGGCACUGGCAACUUUGGCCUAAAUAAUGCCAAUGUUGAGAUCCAUCCAAGCAACUCGUUUGCCACCACAAUUGUCAGCCAGCAACACAAUCUAGACAAUCAAAACUUCUAUCGACAACAUUUGACGCCUCAGCUCAGCAGCCGAUUACAGCAAAAUGCGCAGCAGUAUCUGCAACAACAACAGCAACAACAACAGCAGCAGCAGCAACUGUUGCAGCAGCCAACAGCCACGACGUCAGCAGCGGGCACGUCCAGCGUGAGCUCAGCUCUCAACCAUGGCAUACCGCAAUUUGCAUCACAAAAUCUGCACUUCAAUGGCGCCUUUUGAGCACCAGCCACUGCACCACCACCAACCACCAACUACCAACCACCAAGCACCACUCCGUCUUCUGAGCCAGUACCAACAUCCAAAACUCCCAAUUUAUGUAUAUGCACAUCCAAAUCACCAUUACCAGCACUGUCUACCAAUCCUUUCCGGCCGGAUGUCAGCCGUUCUAUAUCACUUUCCAGUUAAUUAAGUCUUCUUGCAACAACUUUGUAAAUACGCACCUUAUGGCAUAAGCAUAUUGAUAAUGAACACAACGAGUACAGUACAACGGGACUACAACAAAACGGAAGACGAAUCUAUGCAACAUGUGGCGGCCGUGAAAAUUUUAUGCUGAUUUUUAAGCUCAUUGUCAAAUUUCGAAAUGUAAUAAUUAUUUAUUUUUUAUGUGAAUAAAGUUUAUGAUAAAGUACGAGUACAAU